AUGGAUGAAGAUUCGAUAUUUUUUAGACAAGCAGCUGAAGCAAUAGUAACAACAACAUUAAAUAUAUCCAAUGUUGACCCUACAAUACGAGAAUUGUUGAAUCGAAUCAAAAUUGUUACUCCUCUAGUAACAAACUCUACUAAUGUAACUUAUAAUGCCAAGAUAAGACAGAAAUAUCAGGACAACAAUUACUACAGAAACAAAAAUGAAGAUAAUAAGCAAACUGAGAAGAUCGACGUAAAGCCAACGUCAUCCAGCGAAAUAAAAAAAUAUGAAUAUCUCCUCUUAGAUCUUCUUAAUAAAAACUCAGUAACGACUGAUACUACAAACAAUCUGCAACUUCAAAAUUCCAAUUCAGAUUUAAAAAUAGGCAAUGAUAAAAAUUCAAGUCCGAAACCAAAACUGAAAUCAAAAUCGAAUUCGAAAUCAAAAGCAAAAGAAAACGAUAAAGAAAAGGAAUUUAAAUGUACUCAAUGUAGUUUAAUAUUUUCCAGAUCAUCUGAUCUAAGAAGACAUGAAAAGACCCACCUCCCAAUACUACCGAACAUUUGUUCACAAUGUGGGAAAGGUUUUGCCAGAAAGGAUGCAUUAAAGAGACAUUUUAAUACAUUAACUUGUAAAAGAAAUAGGAAAAAAUUACUAAAUAAUAUUUCACAAGGUGAUUUCAGUAACCUCUUACAGACCGUCCGAUUAUCUACUUCACCUUCAUCUUCGUCGAAGAGUAACGAUGACUUUGAUAACGAGAUUGAUGACAAUGACAGCCGGUAG